AGUUGAAAAAAGUCGUCGGUUGUUGAAGGCUGGUUUGUUGUCGAGCUCGAAAAAAAUAAUUACGCGAUUAUUUUUUUUGUUAUUUUUAUAGUAUUUUAUCUUGUGGUUUUUAUAAACGUGUUGAAGUUUUGUUCAUCAUACUGUGUUAAUAUUGGAUUUCCUUGUUAUUCCCGAGGAAAAAACUCAAACAGGUGAUGUCGAGGAAUACACCCCGAAUGGAUCGAUAUCGGUGACUUGCGAGUCUGGACAGUUUUCAAGGAGGAUAGGGGUGGUGGAACAUGGAAAAGUCAGCUCGACCACGGACAGCACUUAACGAGUGCGUUAAAGUGGUGGUUCGAUGUCGACCGCUUUCAGAUAAGGAGAAAAAAGAGGGAUACGAUGAGGUGAAGAAGCGGCCGGAACAGAAAUGGUACGAGCGGCUGUCGGCAAAAACUGUAGCGGAGAAUAAAAAGUCUGACGCCCCCUUACAGGUGGUGAAGGUGUGGCCGGAGCGCGGCGCGGUGCAGGUGUACAACCCCAAGGGACAGGACAAGCUAUUCACCUACGAUGCCGCUUAUGACAACUCCGCUAACACGCAGACCAUCUACGAUGAAAUGGUCCGUCCGCUGGUGGCGAGCGUCCUCGACGGGUUCAACGGAUGCGUGUUCGCGUACGGGCAGACGGGCACCGGCAAGACGCACACCAUGGAGGGCACGGCCGAUCACGAAGGGGUCAUCCCGCGCGCCUUCCGACACAUCUGGGCGCACAUCGAGACCUCCGCCUCGCCCGACGUCACGCAUCUCGUCUCCUGCUCCUACGUGGAGCUGUAUCUGGAGGACGUGCGCGACCUGCUCGCUAAAGACGGCAAGAAGCUCACCAUCAGGGGACAGGAGCUGAACGGAUUCUACAUCCCAGAGAUGACGUCGGUAGUAUGCAAGUCCGCUGCGGAGAUGGUCCGCGUGAUGCGCGCCGGCAACCGCAACCGCGCUGCCGGCCGCACCGACAUGAACGAGCACUCCUCCCGCAGCCACGCCGUGUUCCUCGUCACCGUGGAGACCGCGCACCGCGCCAACAACCGCAUACGCGUGGGCAAGCUGAACCUGGUAGACCUGGCGGGCAGCGAGCGCCAGCGCAAGACGGGCGCGUCCGCAGACCGGCUGCGGGAGGCCGCGCGCAUCAACCAGGCGCUCUCCUCGCUCGGCAACGUCAUCUCCGCGCUCGCCGAGAACAGUCCGCACGUGCCCUACAGGGACUCGAAGCUGACACGCAUCCUGCAGGACUCGCUGGGCGGGAACAGUAAGACCAUCAUGAUUGCCAACAUCGGCCCCGCCUCCUAUAACUACGACGAGACCGUCACCACGCUGCGAUAUGCGCACCGGGCCAAGGCAAUCAAGAAUAAGCCUAUCCGCAACGAAGACCCGAAGGAUGCGAAGUUACGCGAGUACCAGGCGGAGAUCGAGCGCCUGCGCGCCCUCAUUAGCCAACGCCGGCGCCCCGCCCGCCCGCGCGCCCCGCCCGCCCCCGCGCCCGCUCAAGCCGCCCCGCCCCCGAAAGAAGAAGAAACGGAGAGUAUAGAAAGCGAACAUUUAUUAGCUGCAUCAACAAUCGAGCAGGAGAAAUGCAAAACCGAAGAGUUGGAGCAGCAGAUCAAACUAUUGGAGGAUCGACUGGUCCAGGGUGGUGGGGGGAAGGACCUUAUCAAUAAUCUAAAUGAAACGCAGCUUAUAUUGGAGCAGAGGAACAUGGAGAUAGCCGAGCGGAAGAAGAGAGAGGUUGAGAUGCAGCAGAAGAUCGACCUAGAGGAAGAGACCACGACGAUUGUCACCAACACGUUUGCUACCUUACAACAAGAAGUUGACCAUAAAACGCAGAGGUUAAAAAAGUGCCUAUCGAAGUACGCGUGCGUGCGCGAGGAGACGGCGGAACAGCGCGAGGCUCACGACACGGAGCGCCGGGAGCUGGAGGCACUGCACUCGGCGCUGAUAGCGGAGCUGCGGCGCCGCCUGCUGCUGGCCGACAGCUUCACGCCGCGCGCCGCAGCCGCCGCGCUGCCCGUGCGGUACAACGACGACACCGACCUGUGGGAGCUGCCGCCCAGCAGCGGCGCCGAGCCUCUAACGUACCGGCCGACGGCGGCGGGCACCCGGCGGCCACAGUGCUCUGUCUCACUCGCACCCGCCGCCCCCCCGCGGCGCCGCCCCCACAACCUGCUCGACCUCGCGCCCCUCCCGCUGCCCCCGACCGCGCGCCUCUACCGCGCCCCCAGCGGACAGGUGCCGGAGACCGUGGUGAAGAAAGAGCCGGAGAUAGUGGAAGCGAGACGUGCGACGGGUCGGGCGCGGCCCCCCUCGGCCCUGCACCGCCUCGGCACCGCCGGCGUGCGGUAGGUGUGUCCCCCACCCCUCUACCCCCACCAUUCCUUAGCCCUGCCACCCACCUGUCCUCUGCGACUGCAAGGACCCGACGUGAAAAGCGGUCGAAUAUACUGCCCCUAUUAGUAAAUAAAACGAAUGCAAUCCUCGAUGGUAAAAAAGAAAAUCCUCAAAGGAGUGAGGGUCAACCGACGAACGGAUCAAAGAAUGCGGUCAGUUUUCCUGAAGACGGAGGAAACACGAAGGCGCCGCGUCUCCGACUGAAAUCCGCGAGCAUUUCACUGCGUCGACGAGGCGCGGUCUCCCUGCCCCUCCCGCUCCCGACUCGAACGAAAACAGAGUUUUUUACGCUUUUUUAUUUAAAAUCUCGAGGUGUAUCGGUAGUUCUAUUAUGAACGCUGUACGUAUGAGUUAGCUCAGCUAUAAUGCGAUAUUUUUAUACGAUGCCGGACUAGCGGCUCUGUGGAUGCAACAGACCGCUGGUGUACUCAGUGUCACAAAUUCCAGUGAGUGUAACGAUGAUCUCAACCGUAUUAUUCCCGCGGCGGCGGCGGCGCUUCAUGUAUUUAUUUAUUUUUAGGUAAAUAUGUAAUAUAUAAAUGUGCGCGCUGCUCGCCUCAGUGUUAGCGAAUUAUGUUCCGGAUACCUGUCGAACAUGCCAAAUGUUUUUAUAUCCGAAUUUUUGGUUGUUUAGUCAAUUUUGGUUGUCGUUUGUUUUCUACGAUUUUAUUUUAACGUUGUUAUAUUUUUUAAAAUUUUAUUUUGCGCUUCGUUUUGGUUUGCAUUGAAGCGAGUGAUAUUAGGUAGUUAGUCUAUUAUGAAUAUUGUAAUAUUUAAAAUUCGCAUUGUAUAUAAUGAUGAAUUGAAAGUAUGUAUUUAUAAUGUGUAGCCCGUUGUCUCUCUACGGGAUCGUCUGUUCGAUUCGAUCCUGAUGGUGUGUACGUUCAAAUGUGUUACCAAAGAUGGAAACAGUCCAUUCCACUGAGCUCGUCCCACUAGUGAUGUGAUCCCACUGGCCCACUAGUGAUGAUAUUGAAAGUGAUCAUGUUCCUUUAUUUGUAAACUUCGUUAGUGAAUGCGUUUUAUUAUUUGAAGACACGAUUUCUAGUCAGUAACUCUUGUAAACAAAUAUUGUAAAUAAUAAUUAUUAUAUUGUAGGUAUUUAAAAAGUAUAUAGACAUAGUGUAGGUAAGUUGCUAAAUUCGCACAAUACUUUUUGAAUACCGGUUGUCGUAACGUUGUUUAGUUGCAUUAUUAACAAUGUUCGCUCAGUUCAUGCCAAAAACUCAUGGUAGUUGCAGAUGUCCGUUACCAAAUCUCAGUUUCGCUUGUGAUUUAUUUAGUUAUUAUUUACGCAGAGCUAUAAUUUAUUAAAAAUCAUAUUCGAUCGAUGUAUAUUUUCAAUUACGUACUGUUAAAAUUAUUUUCGUUUAAAAGAAUGAAAUCAUGUGAUAAAUAUAUGAAUAUAUUUGAAAGCGCUAGUCAGCUGUGCCGCAUACAAGCUUAUACUCACCAAUAAAGUAUUAUAAAUU